CGUAGCCAACCGUUUUGCAGCUCACCUCUGCCCAUUUCCUCCAUGGACUGCACAAACCAGCCAGUACCCGACCCGGAGCCCUCUCCGGCCACCGCCGCCGUCACCUUGCCACAAGAAGCCACCGGUGACUCCGAGUCCGACACCGCCGACCUCUCGUCGGUGACAGACUGGGACGACAACGACGACGCCGAGUCCUGCAGCGGCGGCUAUGUCACGAGCGGCGCCAACGGCGACAGUGACGAAGAAGACGUGACCAUGGAGGGUGAUGUGGCUGACAUCGACAGCAAGAUGGCCGUCCCCUGGUGGCGCCGAACGCUCGAGGAUGCAGCGGAAGAUGACGGUGGUUGUGCGCCUGCGGUGGCGGUGGAGGGCGGGGCAGCGGCCGGCGGCGGCCAUGCAGCCGAGAGCAACAGGCUCUUCUGGGAGGCUUGCAUUGCCCAUGGCUACUAGAUACAGCUAGCUGCCAACCUCGAGCAACUAUGUUCAUGCUUCAGCCGGAAUUUCGACAGACAACUUUUACGGCAUGCC